UUCGUGCUGGACGCGUGCGCCAUUGCUUUGUGCUCCCCCAGGUCACGGUCACGCCGUGCAGCAGUGAGGGCUGGAGAUGUAUCGGCGGGCUCUGCUGUCACUGUACGGAGCCGGCAUCUCCGGCGGGCGACUGACCGGUCACAGAUAUGCGGAUCUGGUCUGUAGACGGCUCUCGGUUGGCAGAGUCCUCUGGGCUGAGAAAUCCCCGCCUGAAAAUAAUGGCACAGGAAAGCCAUCUGGUGAGGCUGAGGACAAGUCAUCGCUGCCACCCCAGCCACCAAAGCAGGAUACCUUGGCUAGCUUGCUGAGCGGCAUGAAAGUAGAAGUGAGCUCAAAGAAGAAGUUCCAGGCGAUGAAGAAGGCAAAGGCCAAACAACAUAGUCAAGAGAAUACCGACAACAUAGAAAGCGCCAGCAGAAUGUUCCAGAUGGUGGCAGAAGAAAGUUCCCCGGACGAGCAGCAGCCGGUGAGCAAAGAGCUGGCCGAUGCGGCAUCUGCUGUGGCAUCAUCGUAUCCAUCCCAGCAAAAACAAGUGGAGUCUGAACUACUCCGGCAGCUGCGCUUGCACAAACAAAUGGCAGAGGAAAUCAGAAGAAAGGGCAGUGAUAAUAUCAGCAAUGUCAUUUCUGGGAUGAAGGUUACAAAGCAACGACCCAAAACUGGCAAGCAAAUAUCAGCCGAAGAACGAGAGUUUAUGAGAGACGCUUCCAAAAAGUCACUACACACUGGAAAGCGUCUCAAGAUAUUCCCAGUUCCCUCAGAAGCUCCCUCAGAAGAAGCAGUUGGUACAGAGAUGCCGCCAACGCUCUGGGAUCUAGAGCUGGCUAAGGAGAUUGCGUCCGUCAGUGAACACCCGCCAAGGAAUGGGUUCGAAGAGAUGAUACAGUGGACGAAAGAAGGAAAACUCUGGACCUUUCCAAUUGAUAAUGAAACUGGCCUUGAUGAGGAGCAGAAGGUAGAGUUCCACGAGCACAUAUUUCUGGAAAAGUAUUUGGAAGACUUUCCAAGGCAUGGACCGAUCAGACAUUUUAUGGAGCUGGUCAUCUGUGGUCUUUCUAAAAACCCAUAUCUUACUGUCCAGCAGAAGAAAGAUCACAUAGAUUGGUUCCAAGAUUACUUCAAUAAAAAAGAGGAUCUUCUGAGAGAAUGUGAUGUCUAUGUUAACUGAACAGGAGGCAGAGCUGGAGGCGCUUCCAGUCUUUCAGCUCAUAAUUUUGCAGAACUAUGCAUACUUGGACACUGAAAAACUUUUCAUCUGAAUUCUUGUGAAAUAUUUGUUUAAGUAAUAAAAUUAUAGAAUAUUAUAGAA